AUGGCGGCCAACGACUAUUAUCGCGAAUCCUACAUGGCGCAGUCUUCUCAACCUCAAAGGCCUCAACCACAAUACAAGAGACCAUUGUCCCAUAUUGCACAAGUCUACAAUCCUGGACAGAGUACUUAUACUCUCGAUCAGUUCGGUCGUGCUGAAGCAUAUAAUACCCCACCGGCGAAAACCAACUACUACUACGAACAUAAUACCCCAUCUCCAUCGCGGCAAUCACAAUACUCCGACGCUAUACCUCUGAAGCAGAACGCAAGAAUUAGUACCAUCCCGCAAGAUUGGCAAAGUCAGCCUACUCAAUAUCCUCCGUCCCCCGAAUCCGUUUCCCAACCUCAGUUACUGCCACAGUCAAGCAAGAAGAAGAAGAAUGGAUGGUUUUCGGGAAAGAUCCCAUGGGUGGUGUACGUCGUGAGCUUGGUACAGAUCACGGUCUUCAUCGUGGAGAUCAUCAAAAACUCCAUCAUAACAGGAUCUCCCAUCAUGAUCCAUCCUCAAUUCAAUCCCAUGAUCGGCCCCUCGACAUAUGUACAGAUUAACAUGGGCGCACGGUUUGUGCCGUGCAUGCGCGUCACUCCGGGAGUUCAAGACAGCGGAGAGCCUGUGAAUUGGCCAUGUCCAAAUACCACCACCUCAGAUGCGAAUGCUGCAAGCAAUCACUGUGAUCUCAAGGAGUUAUGCGGUUUUUCGGGACUCAACAAUGACCACCCGAAUCAAUGGUUUCGGUUCAUUGUGCCCAUGUUCCUCCAUGCUGGCCUUAUACAUAUUGCGUUCAACCUUCUUUUGCAACUCACCAUGGGACGGGAAAUGGAGAAUGCUAUCGGUAGCAUCCGGUUUGCCCUGGUCUACUUCAGUUCGGGCAUCUUUGGAUUUGUUUUGGGCGGUAACUUCGCGGCCUCGGCAAUUGCAUCGACUGGUGCAUCGGGUUGUUUGUUUGGCAUUCUGGCACUGACCCUCUUGGAUUUGAUGUAUGGCUGGAACGAGCGACGCCACCCGGUCAAGGAUUUGAUGUGGAUUCUGGUGGACGUUGUCAUUUCUUUCGUCCUCGGCCUAUUGCCGGGACUGGACAACUUUUCUCACAUUGGUGGGUUUCUCAUGGGUCUUGCGACGGGCAUAUGUCUCCUGCAUUCACCCAAUAUUCUUCGUCAACGCACCGGCGAAGCCGUGGCACCUUACCGAAAUGUCGGGUCUGAACCCGAUAUCACCAACCCCAAAGAUCCCAUGUUGGCCACGACUCAUGUGACAACAACUCCCGCAAACGUGGCCGCGUUCGCCAAACACCCGCUUGGGUUUUUCAAGGGUCGCAAAGCGCUUUGGUGGGCGUGGUGGCUGUUCCGGGCGGGGGCAUUGAUCGGAGUUCUGGUGGCGUUUGUGGUCUUGUUGAACAACUUCUACGAGUACCACGACACGUGUUCGUGGUGCAAAUACCUCAGUUGUCUGCCGAUCAACAACUGGUGCGAUAUUGGCAACCUGCAGCUGAGUAAUUCCACCAGCAACAGCUCGAGCAGCAAGCGGGAUUUGUUGGGUAUUGGAGCUGCAUUGAUGGACGAUUUGUUUGCUAUGGAACGGCUUAGAUGA